CCUGAGGGUUAUUAUCAAAAGGUUACUGUGUGUCCCAAGAGCUUGCUGUGACGCUACACUCUUUCCGCUGUUGUUGAUUCCACAGAUGGGCGGACACAAUGCACGAAACCAAAGCCAAAGAAAAGAGAGAAGCCACUCAGAAGUAUGCAGAGCCUGAGAGAUUCCCUCAAAGUUUUGUUUGCGGAAGCGUGCGAUCGCCUGAAAUUCCUGGCGGAGAGUGACGGCCGAACGGGGUGGGGUCUGGACUGAGUUUGUGUCGCCGUGCGGGGGCUCCUUGUUUCUCUUCACAGACUCUCCACAGACAUCGAGAGGAAAACAAUAUUAUUUUUGCUUUGGUUUGUUUUGUGUUUUGGGGCAGACUGAGGGUCUCCUGUUGUUACCUGGAGACUGAUCUCCGAGGCGGGAGACAUUCCCCUUUCUGCCUGAUGUGAGGGAGGACACUACUUUAUGGUUUGAUUUUUAAAUUUUUUUUUAAAAAAGAAGUGUACUUUCAGCCUACGCCAAGGUCCGUAUAACAAGAAAAAAUAUUUUUAUACAAAAAGUAUUCAAGAUGACGGAUGUAGAUUCGGACGAGGAACAAUUGGAGAUGGAAGAAUUCCCUGAGGGAGAUGAGGAGCUUUUUGAACAAUCCUACAUCCCCAACUAUGGAACAAUACCAGGAGAGCAAGAGCAUCUGCCAACUGAGUUGGGUCCAUAUAGAAAAGAGGCAACUUACUUAUUUGGUCCAAUGUCUGGGCUACUCAAUGCGAAUGGUGCAGGAUUCAUGAGCAAAUUCAUGGUUGAGUUUGAUGGGAAUGAAGACUCUAUCUUUUUUGCUGAUGGCCAACGUCGAAUUGAUUUUGUAUUGGUUUAUGAAGAGGAGCGCAGAAAACCAGGAGACAAAAAGCGAAUGAGAUCAAUUCUAAGCAGAAAGAGAAAAAGAGCAUUUUUUCAAGAAAACUUAAUGAAAGAAGGCAUACAGAUUGAAGCGACAAAAUCAGUUAUGGAUCACAGCCUUAUUUUUCUGAAACUCCAUGGACCAUGGGAUCUUCUCUGUCGUUAUGCUGAACUCCUUCACAUCAAGCUACCUCUACAUUCCAAUGAUAUAAAACAGAAACCCUCCACAUUCAACUGCAUCACUAAGAUUUUCUCAGUGGAUGAAGACAAAAUUCCACCAGAACCUGAAUAUUUCACUGCGCCUUUUGAGAUGGACCGUAUUAAAAGUUUCCAAAUGGAUGAUCAUGAUUCAUUCUUCUCACCAGCAACAAGAAGCAGAAUAGUCCAGUAUAUUCUGAACCGCUGCGAAUAUAAAAAAGGAAAUCGAAACAAAUUUGGCAUCACCAAACUUUUGGACUCAAAGACAUACAGUGCAGCUUACACCCUCCAUGAUUGUAAGUUCAAUCAGAAAUCGUUAGACCCGUUAUGCCCCAAUGAGAGAUACCUUUUGUAUGAGGAGUGGGCACAUCCCAAGAACUUUUACAAACUGCAACCUCUGGAUCUCAUCAGGAAGUAUUUUGGCGAGAAGAUUGGAAUCUACUUUGCUUGGCUUGGUUUCUAUACAGGGAUGCUGGCCAUUGCUGGAUUUGCAGGACUUGUCUGUUUUAUUUUUGGAAUACUGACUCUGGAUUACAAUACAUGGAGUCAGGAAGUGUGUGAUCCUGAGAUUGGAGGUCGUAUGAUCAUGUGUCCCCAGUGUGAUCGAGAUUGUAGUUAUUGGAGACUCAAUAUUACUUGUGAAUCAUCGAGGAAAUUAUCUGUAUUUGACAACUAUGGAACUCUAGCCUAUGCAGUGUUUAUGGGAAUUUGGGUGACCGUGUUUCUGGAAUUCUGGAAACGCCGGCAGGCUACAUUGGAGUAUGAGUGGGACACUGUAGAACUGGAACAGGAAGAGCCACGGCGACCAGAAUAUGAAGCAAAAUGCACUAUUCCAAAAAAAAAUCCAAUCACACAAGAAGAAGAGUUGGUUCCUUACUCAGCCUGUGGAAAAUGUAUGCGACUGGUUUGUGGUGGAAGCACAGUUCUUUUCUGGAUCUCAUUAAUUAUUGCCUCAGUAGUUGCCAUUAUUGUCUAUCGGUUGGCUGCCUUUUUGAACUUCUCUGCCAAGCUGCCCACGGCAAUAGAUGACAAUCUGGAACCUCUCAAAGACUACCUGACUCCACAGAUGGCAACUUCUGUAACAGCAUCUCUCAUUAACUUUUUGUUCAUUAUGAUUUUGAAUAUUCUUUAUGAGAGAGUCGCAAUAUGGAUCACUGACUUUGAGCUUCCAAGAACACAGACAGACUAUGAAAACAGUCUAACUGUGAAGAUGUUUCUCUUCCAAUUUGUCAACUACUAUUCCUCUUGCUUCUACAUUGCUUUCUUCAAAGGCAAGAUUGUGGGUUAUCCUGGAGAACCAGUUUACUGGUUGGGACGAUUCAGAAAUGAAGAGUGUGACCCAGGAGGCUGCCUUGUAGAAUUGUCAACUCAGCUGCUGAUUAUAAUGGGAGGAAAAGCAAUAUGGAACAAUGUUCAAGAAGUUCUCAUUCCGUGGUUAAAGAACCUUAUUGGUCGGUGUCGUGCAAAAUCAGAAGAGAAACUCCCCCGAUGGGAACAAGACUAUCGGCUGCAAUCCAUCUCAAAGUUGGGCUUAUUUUAUGAAUACCUGGAAAUGGUUAUACAGUUUGGUUUUGCUACCAUCUUUGUGGCAUCAUUCCCUCUGGCGCCUCUGCUGGCACUGAUUAAUAACAUCAUCGAAAUACGAGUAGAUGGUUGGAAAAUGACCACACAGUUUCGACGGAUUCUGGCAGCCAAAGCGCAAGAUAUUGGAGCCUGGUUGCCAAUCCUGCACGGAGUGGCUGUUUUUGCAGCUGUGACAAAUGCACUGAUCAUUGCAUUUACAUCAGAUAUGAUUCCCAGGCUUGUGUACUAUUGGGCACUGUCUGUGCAACCCUUUGGAGCACACAACAGCUCGACCAUGCAAGGUUACAUCAAUACGACUCUCUCUGUUUUCAGUAUUGCUGACUUCACAAGUCUCAGCAAGCCCAAGAAUACACCGCCCUGGUUUGACCGUGAAAAUGCUACCACCUGCAGGUACCGAGACUUGCGAUAUCCUCCUGGUCACCCUCUACAGUAUUAUCAUAGCCUUUAUUUCUGGCAUAUAAUGGCCGCCAAAUUGGCUUUUAUUAUUAUUAUGGAGCACAUUGUAUUUACAGUGAGUUUCCUUGUCUCUUACUGCAUUCCUGACGUACCAAAACACAUUAAAGAGCAAAUUAAGCGGGAGAGGUAUCUGACACAGAAGCUUCUGCAUGAAUCUCAACUUACAGACUGGCAUAACAAAAUGGCAGAAACUGCCAAAACUAUAAUGAAGGGUCCAGUGAGCACGAAAUCUGCAGACAUGGAUGUAUAAACACUUGUGACACAAAUCUGUAAUUUUUUUAUCUUACAUUUUUUAAAAGGAGGUUUGGAGAUUUUUUAAAUUGUUUGAUUCCAAGACACAUUUUGUUUUGUACAAUCCUUAAAAAAAGAACUGUUCUGUAUUUUGUUUGUCAUUUGACCCACUGCAUUUUGUAAUACUGAUACCGAUGGUUGGUGCAGGAGGUUUCAGGAGUUCACAUUUGUUAUAUUUACAAAGGGUUGACAAAUAUGACACCUUAAAAAUAUCAUGGUGUUAUCCUGGACCUUUUUAGAAUAUGAAAAAGGAAUGUAAUGACUAAAAAACUGAGCAAAAAAGUGGUAGGAAAGAGUGGUCGCAGUGAGCAAAGAUGUGGUAGCCUUGAUUUUUGGAUUAUUUUCAGCUGAAAAUUGAGCAAAAUUGCUAUUGCACCAGAAAGUAGCCCACUGCUGAUAUGAUGCUGUAUACUUACAUCAUUCAGCGAUCUAACAUGGGAGAAUUACUUCGCAUUGACUGUAUAAGUAAAUGAACAGCUCCAGGACCAGUAAUGUUUAAAAUAUCCUGCUAUAUCAUAGUAUUCAUCGCAGAGGACAUAUUCAGUGUAUGGGUAUAAUGAAGAUGUGGGUGUACUGUAUCAUUAAGAGAGUUAAAAGCUAGCAGAACUAACUGACAGCACCAAGUGUUUUGAAUAAGACACAACGUAACAUGUGGUCCAGCAGCUCAGGUAGCUGGUUGCCUGGCGACAAAAACAAAUUUGAAUUAGGCCAAUCCGUUUAAAAUACACCCCCCAAAAAAUACCCCCUAACUGUUCCAAUAUGGGUAAACCCUCCUGCUUUAAUUUAAACCAGCAACCCAGAAAAGAUUUAUCCCAUGCAGUAAUCUGUGAAAAUUUGAGAGGCCAAGAACUAUAACAGAGAAUAAUUAACUAAAAAAUAUUUACAACUCCUUCCUCUAAGCUAUAUUUUACUUUCCCUUAUAUAAACCCCCAUUAAGAUUUACUGAAACAUUCAAAUUUCCAAACCCACCAGCUGACGAAUCUUCUCUUUGUAGAUUUGCUCUCCAAGUCGGUGUCGAUGUUUUCCUCUGUGCAAAUACCUUCUCUCGAUAGGUACCAAUCAGACAGUUCUGACUAGCAGCCUACAUCUGUUGGUCUUUUGGCAGUUCUCUCCCAACUGUUCAAUUUUUCCCGGUCUUCUACCCUCAAAGCAUCGGAUUGCGUCAUUGACUUUUAAUGUUGCCAAUACACUAAAUUCAAACUUGAUUGGAGUUUGUUUUUUUUUUUAACUUGUUGCCUUGAAAAGAAAGACUUCUUCAAUUCAUGAAGUGACUGUCAUGACCUUAGAAUGACCCAAAGCACUUUAUAGCCAAUGGCGCACUUGAUCGUUGUAAAGAAAGAAAAUCCAGAAACUGGACUGUUUGCCACAUCUAAACUGCUGCAAUAUCUAAAUCUGAUAAUGACAUCUGAAUACCUGACAAGCAAUGGGAAAACUCACUAUUAACACUGAAAGCUCAAUAUGGUAAUAAGGCAGGACUUGGAAUCAUGUGGAGUCAGGACACUAAAUAUUACGUUGUAUGCUUUUCCUGCAACUUGCAGCCAGAUUUAUUCACAGUCUUCAGAACAUAAAUAGGAGCAACUCUGGGUCACGAUGCUCCUUACACCCACUCCAUUAUUUGAUACAAUCAGAUCUUCAACCUCAAUUACCCACCCAAACCCCAUUAUCCUUGAUUCCUGUAAUGUCCAAAACUAUUAUUGAUCUUAGGCUCAAAUAUACUCAGGACUGAGCAUCCACAACCACUUGUGGUAGACAAUUCCAAAGUUUCUCUGCCCUCUGUUUGAAGAAAUUACUUCUUAUCUUCUUAAAAGAUUAAACCUGACUCAGUUCCAUUCUCCCUAAUAAUCUAAUUGACUGUGUAAGGGUUAAACCAUUCACUGACUAUUACUCACCAUCUUAGUGUUUCUCAAAUGUUAUUAAAAUGAAACAAUACUUCUAUAAACAGUGGAAAGUACAUUUAAUAUGUAGUAUUUCAAUCAAAGACCUAUUUUUAAAAUACAUGUAAUAUGUUUUGCAGCUUUUCAAAGUGUAAAACAAUACAUUUGAACAAAAAUAGCAAAUGGAAUAAUAAAGAUGUGAAAUAAAAUCUUAAAGUGUUGGAGAAACUCAUCAAAUCUGGCAGUAUCUGUAGGGAGAGAAACAGAAUGAAUGUCUCGAGUCCAGUAUGACACUGAGUUCCAAAGGCAAAACAUAUUGGGCUUAAAAUGUUAACAGUAUUUUGUUCUCCACAGUUGCUGCUAGACCUGUUGCGUUUCUUCAGCAUUUUCUGUUUUUAACCCCAUA